UUUGUUUCUCUUUACUCCUUUCCCGGUAACAAACUGUUAAGGGGCUGACAUCAUUCGAUCACAUGUAUUCCCUUAUCUACCGAAUUAUCUAGCAUCUGACAAUAAGACAAACAUGCCGCUCAAAGCUUAAUGAGUUGUGCAACAUAGUGCGGUUUUAAAGAAAACUAUUGUUACUAAGUAACAAUGCAUACAUUACCUAAAGUGCACGAUUGUGUAGAUCACCCAGACUUGCGAAACGACGUCAUGCCGCGAGACAAUGUCUUCAAGUAGAGAUCGAGCCUCAAUUGUCAAGCCACAACCAAACAACUACCUACUUCCAAAAGAGGAACCUACCCUAAACGGAUGGGGCUGAUGCUUUACAACACUCAUACGCUUUCGUUGACAUUUACAAUUCGUUUAUAGAAGGACAGGACUUCUCUUACAGCGUUACGGCAGGCCAAUCUUUCAGGUUAGCGAUGGCAGACAACAGCAAAGAAGAAAGCAAAGAGGAGCAGAAGAAAAGGCCGACAACCAAGGAGAAGCUCAUGGAGGAAAUCACCUCGCGCAUCGAAGAAUCGAAGAAACUCCAAGAGGAGUCCGUACAGCUCCACAAACAGGCCGACGAAGCAGAAGAUCCCGGCGUCGCCGAGGAUCUAAAAUUCCGCGCUCAGGAGCUCGAUAUGAAAGCUGCCAAGCUGCUGAAGAUAGCCAAGCGUCUUGAGUCUGGCUGGUUACAGGGUGGAGUCACUGGUGCUGGUAUAGGGGUUGGGAUUGCCGGCGGACUCGGCGUGACUGUCGGAUCCUUGGUCAGCGGUUUAGUAGCUAUUCCUACCACGGGAAUAGGUAUCUUAGUCGGUAUGGGUACGGGCUUGGUACAUGGUCCUUGGGUCAAGUUCAGCGAGGCGUUUAGUAAGGACGAGGUUGACGAGAUAGAUAAGGAAGCUGAGAAAGAGGCUCGUCGGAUCGGCGGGGCUUAGGGCCAGUGACAUUGGGAAUCUGGGGAAAGGUCUCGUGUUUUAAUGAGGGUACAUUUAGAGCGAGAGCAGGUUUGGGUUUGACACGAAUGGGCAUGAGGCUAUGCAAUAUUCUAUCUAUUUUCUAGGUAAAGGGUGGUAAUUGGGUAUAUUACUUGGUUAUGAUGAUGUCUACGAAUUCGAUGAUACAUUAUGGUACUGAUCAGAGGACACUUAUACCCUAUCGGGGCAACCAUCUACUUGUUGACGGCUCAUGUGCUUCUCCGUAGUCAGUUCGAAUUAGUUAUUUCGUCAAGCUUCUUAAGC